UUUAGAAAUACUUUUUCCCAGAAUUCUCACCCUUCCGGUCCGCCAAAAGAAAGAGUUAUACAGUGAGUCUAUAGACUCGGGACUCUCAGACAGGUACUGGGCGAACCAAGAAAUUUUGGCUGCUACAGUCGGUAUAGUGGCUGAGAUGCAGCAGCAACAACAACAACAGCUGGGUUUUGAAGAAUCAUCAAAUAUUGGUAGCAAUAGGGUGAGUCUAUUGAUUCGUCACCUUCCAGAAGGCAUUCCUGAGGAGACCCUGUUUCGGCUGUUGUCCCACUAUGGUGCUUCUUCUGUGCGCUCUUGCUCUGCUACUGGCCGGUUGAGGAACUGCGCAUUUGUAGAUUUCCAAAAUGAAGGCUUGGCUUACCAAGCACAGCGUCAGUUGAACGGGCUGAGGUUUCUUGGUAAGGUCUUAAAAGUGGAGAGGGCGACCGCUAAUAAUGAUAAGCCAUCGCAGGCUGCUAACAAGGAUUCUCUUUCUAUAACCGCCACUUCCAAAUCAUCUUUGGUCCACAAUCCUAUCAUCAAUAGAGAUAUUCAAGAAACUGAAGUCUCAAGAUCAGAGCCCAUUGCCCCUAGGCUUGGUGUAGACUAUCCCUUUCCUCCUCACCUUGAGUAUGCUUACCCGCCACCGGAUGGAAAUAUACUGACCAACAUUGUAAAUGCUCUUAUCGCCGUUCCUCGAUUUUAUACACAGGUUUUGCACUUGAUGAACAAAAUGAAUAUACCAGCUCCAUUUCGUAUGGCUCUUCCCUCUCCACCGCUACCACCUUCAGUACCCGUGCCACCACCACCUCCCCCUCCUCUAGCUGCAAAGCCUCCCUCAGCAGAUUUAUCAAGUGAAGAGUCAGAAAUGGAGUCUUCAGACGAGGAGAUUGAUGGAAAACCCUCGAGCGGAACUUCAAGAGGACAGAAGCGUGUCAAACGAGAAGCUAUUGUUGGUCCCGCAGUUGAUAAAGAUGUAGCUCAUGAAGAUGUUGGAUUGAAACCCGCUAUUCUGGUCCCUAAAGAGAGGCCAAUGAUAAAAAAGAAGAACCCUAUCGUACAGAUAAAAAUUGCCCCCAAAGUUGUUAACAAUGAACAUAAAGAUGAUAGUAUUACCAAAGACUCAGAGCAUCCAAAAAAUGAGAGUUCAGAUAUUAAUUCUUUUGCAACUCCAGAAGAACUAGAAAGAGGAAAGUUGCCUCCAGAAGAAAUAUUAUCGCUGCCGAUGUUUAAGAACUAUGCAGCUGGGAAUCCUGCCUCUGUGUUGUAUAUAAAGAACCUGGCAAAGGACAUCGUUGCUGAUGACUUCUACUACAUAUUUGGGUCAUUAUUUGGAAGCGUUGAUGCAGCCAAAUCUGGUCUCAGUCUAAAGCUUAUGCAGGAAGGAAGAAUGAGGGGCCAAGCUUUCGUGACAUUUCCAUCAGUUGAACUAGCCCAUUAUGCUUUGAAUCUUGUGAAUGGGUAUGUAUUCAAAGGCAAACCAAUGAUCAUCCAGUUUGGCCGGAAUCCUGCAGCGGGCAAAGCAAAUUAAGGUCGACUAUCAGCGGAAAGUUCUAGACGUUAGAUUUUGUUUCUUUCUCUUGCCUUGUAUUUAUAAGCAAGCUGCUAAUACUCACUUUUUUUUAGUAUUAUCAUUUGAAUUUCUAAUGACAUAUUGCUCCUCAGUCAACCAUUUAUCAGUUUACUAACAUCAAUAGACGUUCUGUGGUGCAGUCCAAUCAUGUUGUUUUCUUUUUUAAUAAAUGGCUAGGGGUGGGGUUUUCUCCAGAACUCAUAAAGCUUGAAUGUCCUGUGGCGCGGUAGAGAGACUUUUAUAUAGUACUACCACACAUGGAGCAAAAGGUGGACUGAGAGCUGGUGCUAAAAAGGUUGAAGAUACAUAACCAGAGGAUCUCAACAAGGCAAUUCCUGCAUCAAUUCAGAAGUUCUAAAAGUACUGCAUCGGAAGGCAUAGUUUUGUUUCAUUGAUCCAUGUUGUCUCCAAGACCUGGCCAAUUAAUUGACCGUACGAUUCGACUUGUGGAGUCGCUGAUGCAGGGUACCAAUUGUGGCAUUCCACUUCCCGUUGUCCAUAUUGUCUUUUUUUCAAUUUUAUAUGGAAAUGAAAAUUUUUUUGGGGGUUAUAUUUUUCAGUUGUAGGCUUAAAAGAUACAAAGAUGAGAAGCUUGUAAAGGCGGAAAUAAACAAGCAAAUCGACUAUUUUAAUUUCAUGAUUUAAAGGGUGGAUUCGGAUGAAAGGAUUUAGAUUUGAGUUUCAUAUGUAAAUUGCUUAAUUGAACCUUAGAUUUGGGAUACUUUUCUCUUUGAGUAUCAAACAUUUGAUUGUAAAGUAACAAAAAAAGUUUAUUUAAAAA